AUUGCUGUGACGGGUGGCAGUUGACUUGACUACAACUUUCAAAUACGAGAGUCUCAAGAUUGAUCAAAACAACAUUGCAUAUUGAGAAGUUUGCAAGUGUUAAUACCUAAUUUAAAAUCUAGAGUUUAAUUCUUUCUUGUUUUGAAAACCUAUGGUGGUCAUUAAAGUGAUAACGUAUGUAGUGUCUUCUUAGAAUUGUUAAAUAAAUUGUAUUGUAAACAUGUCUAGUGAACACGAUAUGAGUGAUGUAUCUAACUUGGAGUCUUCUUCAUCUCGUGGGUCUCAGUAUUCACCAUAUUCAUCACCAACACAUACGGUUCCCAACCUAGCUAAUGGAUUUACGGAACUGAGGUGCGACGAUACUUAUAAAGAUAAUAAGCCAUAUCUUAAAAUUAUUGAACAGCCUAUGGAUUACUUUAGAUUUCGGUAUAAAAGUGAAAUGUUGGGAACACAUGGUUGUUUGCUUGGAAGGAACUCAGUUUCAGGGAAACUGAAGACUCAUCCAACUGUUGAGCUAUGCAACUAUACAGGUAGUGCAAUAAUAAGAUGUAAUCUGGCCCGACAUAAUGAUACCACAGAUCAUCCACACAAAUUAACAGAUGAAGACCAAGAUAGGGAGGUGUUCAGUAAUGUUCCAACACAAGGUUCUUAUAAAGUUGGAUUCAAUGGUAUGGGUAUAAUACACUCUGCAAAGAAAGAUAUACCUACUUUAUUAUACAAGAAGUAUUCGCAAGAUAUGGAACAAUCAGAAUUUAAUGAACGAAAAUUGCGCAUGCGCUGCGAGGCUGAGACGAAAAAUAUUAACUUGAAUAUUGUGAGGCUCAAGUUUACUGCACAUGAUGUUAACUCUGGUGAACUGCUCUGCCCUCCAAUUUUCUCUGAUCCCAUUAACAAUAUGAAAAGUGCAGCAACCAAUGAUCCGAAGAUAUGCCGAGUCAGCAAAAGAUACGGCAAGGCCAAGGGUGGAGACACGGUUUUCAUAUUUGUGGAAAAAGUCAGCAAAAAGAAUAUUAAGAUACGUUUCUUUGAAUUGGACGAAGAUGGCGAGCGUGUGUGGGAGACGUUCGCCAAGUUUGGAAGUUGCGACGUUCACCACCAAUACGGCAUCGUUUUUACUACACCAGCAUAUCGUCCAACCUCGAAAAAUGUGAAGGUAUUCUUCGAGCUGCUGCGGCCCUCCGAUGGUCGUACCAGCGAACCCAAAGAGUUCCACUACAUAGCUGACUUCUGCAGUAGAGAGAAGAAGAGAAAGGCUGAGUCUUCUUACUCUUCUAUUAGCUCAGGUGGUUCAAUUAAAAGCAUCAGCGAUUUGCCGUUGACAAUCGACUUUGUUAACCAGCCGAACAAGGAAAUGGAAAUAAAUGAAAUUCCAGUUUUGCCAAACCUCAGUUAUGUACCACCCACCCCACCAUCAAACCUGGAUGCUAUGAUGGGAGAUGCACUCCUAUACAACGUGUCUCAGCCAGCGGCGACGCACUACGAGAGUCCUAUGCUGGGCCAACCAAAUGUGCCGCCCCCACCAGUCAUACAACUCGACUCGACUGAAAUGAACCGCCUGCUUGAAGACUGUCCUCACAUACCGUCUGAAGAGCGCAAACGAUUUUUGGAUUUGGACUUGAGUGAAUACUUUCGGUCAUUUGACGAACACCUGAGUCAGCCGGGAGAUAUUCAUGGGAUGUCAUUUAUCAGAAGCGCUUCGUUAGUAGCUGACUCCGGACGACCGGUUGUCAGAGGCAAUUACGAAAGCAAAGACGAUCCAGCAAAGAAGAGUCAUGAAAGUAUUCGGAACAAAACUGAGUAUACGGCGGUCUACAGCACCGAAGACGGAAAGGAAGUUAAAAUGUUGGUAAGAGAGCUUUGUGAAAUAAUAAAAAGUAAAAUUACCACAAAACGCCAAAUUUUAAAGGAGAAACUGAGAAGACUCUUCGGCCUGAGACUUGACAAUGGAGAUUCAUUUUUACACAUGACAUUAUGUAGUAACCAGCCCAGUUUGCAAUUCAUAGUCAAACUGAUUCAUGACUUAAAAAUCACUGGCUUGCUAAACAUUCAGAAUGACCGGAUGCAAACAGUACUCCAUCUGGCAAUUAUGAAUGACCGAGAAGAUCUGAUACCCAUGCUUAUUUCAAAUGGUUGCAACCCGAUGUUGGAAGAUGAAGAAGGCAACAACGCUUUUCAUUACGCGGUGAUAUGCCGAACCUGUCUUGAGCCACUACUUAACGAAAACAAAACCGCAAAUGUAUCUGUUAAUAUUAACGCAUUUAAUUAUGAUAAGCAAACAGCGCUGCAUCUAAGCGCCAUAUACGGCUGUGAGACGAGCGCUAGAUUGCUGCUUAAAGCGGGAGCAAUCAGCACAGUACGGGACAGCGAGGGACGUACAGCGCUUCAUUUAGCGGCGUCCAAUACUAGCAGCGGACUGGAAGUAGUCAAGUGCUUAGUGGAUUCUAUGGCACCGAGCGACAUUGACACUGUAGAUGGGCGUGGUCACACAGCGCUUCAAGACGUAUGCGAUUCGCUUCUCGGACCUCACUCGCUCCAGAUCGCAAAAACAUUGUUAGAUAAGAAGGCGGACCCCACGAAAUGCGAUACGUCAGGUGCCAUGGCCUUCAAACUGGCGAAGAAUAAACCAGAACUGAUGCAGCUCUUACGUCAGUAUGCAACGUAUUCCGAGGAUGACAUCAAAUCGGAACCGGAAGAUUAUGAAUCAGCUGAUGAAGGGGAGCCGAGCGAGCUAUCCGACCUCUCUCAGUACGUCCACGAAGUGGCAGCUAUAUUGGAUACAAACGGGGGUUGGCGGGAGCUGGCCAAACGCCUUCAUCGGGACGCCAUGAUGAAGUUCUUUGAGUCGACACCAAGUCCCACCACAACUUUGCUUAAUAACAUAAAGGAGCUGAACGAUAACGUCACAUCUCGGUCAUUGGCUCUACUAUUAGAUGACAUGGGCGAGAAGGAUGCAGCCGCCAUUAUUAAAAGUCGUAUCAUCGAGUAAAAUACUCAAUCAUAUAAGAUAAAUAUCUUGGUACGGCUCUUCAUGAAGUAACCAAUAAUGUAUUUUAAUGAGGUGUCCAGUCGAUAGUUAAUAUGAAUGUCUAAAUACUAAAAGGACACUUGACCCCUAUUUAUUUCUGAAUGAAAAUUUACAGGAGAUAGAAAUAACUGUAUAGUUUUUGAAAGAAUGAAGAUACAAAUUUGGUUUUUAUGUAUGCUAUUGAGAAUGUACAUGACAACAUAAUUCAUAUGAAAAACUUGCAUAUUUCUCUGUGAAUGCUUAAAAACAGCCAUAAAAAUAUCAUGGACAGGUUACCUUUUAGUAAUUAGGUAUGUAUUACCAUGGACAUGUGCUCUUUUACCACUUAAAUAGUAAUCAAUCUAAGUAAUAUUUAAAUAAAAUCAAACACAAAGUUAAUCAAAAAAGUUAUAAUGUAUUCGUUAACCGUCUAUAGUUAUCACCUGUUAGUUUUAUUCUAGUAUAAUUCUUAUUAUUCUACAGGCCAAUUAUAAAUGCUAUUCCAAAAUGACAGGUAUUCUUCUGGACAAGUGCCGUUUUAGUAUUUAGUUAAAAUAGACAAGUCGUUUACUGUUCGUGUAAAGGGCGGACAAGUGCUGUUUCGACAGAAAACGGUGUAGAUAUGUGUUGACUAGUGAUUAAAACAUAAAAAAAUGGGUUAAAAUGUGACAUGUGCCGUUUUAGUAUUUAAACAUUCAUAUAAGCAUUGUGUGACGGAAAUUUGCAGCGCUCUGUGGGCAUAUUUGGAACUAAAUAGAAGAGAAUUCCGCUAGAAUAGAAUUGCUUUUUAAUAUAAAAAAAUGCCUUUAACGUUUUGACGUAUACGUAUACGUCUACAUGCACAGCUCGUUGGUUAAGUUCUUGCUUAGGUCCCCUGUAAAUUAACCAUGAAUUUGACAAAAUAUCAAAAUACAUUUAUAUGAAAUUUGUCCUAUUAACCGCUAGAGGUUGAUUUUAUUUCGUGACGUACACUACAGAUAACAGACCCGAUCUGAUGACACAUAAACUAAACUUAGCUUUCAUUGUUAUAAAGGUCAUAAAUAAAUAAUAAUGUCAAAUUACAAAAAACGUCUAUUGAAAUGUCAUUAAUUUGACGAUAUUGAAGUCAAUUUUCCACUCAGUCGCUUCUACACCAUUGUCAACAGGUCAACCACAAGUCUUGAAACUAGACGUAAUCAAAAUAUACUAUAAUUUAUUAAGAAAUCGCCUUGACAUUUAUAAGUACUGUUAUUGUUGUAUUCUCUUACCAAUUCCUGUGUAUUUUAUGUAAUUGAACGUGAUUUUAACUUAUAAGUCUAUUCGGUCAGCUAAAAUUUUAUUUUGAACUUAUAAGAUUUUAAAAAUCGGUACAAUAAAUAAUGUGUCGGUAAAAAAGUGCCUUGUGAUUUUAGUCUGUAACAAUGUUGCUAUUUUUUUUUAAAUUGUAGGUUUAUAUUUAAUUUAAAGAGCGUAGUUAAGUAGGUUAUUAUCAGCGAGGUCCUGCUUUCGAACCACAGCCUGCACCAUGUGCGUUCUAUAUGCGCAAUUAACAUUUGCACGUUGAAAAAUAUAGUGAGGAAAACAAAACCCAAAAAUCCAGGAAGGCUGAUAACUUGCUUGAGAUAUCAAGAAUUGCGACUGAAUUAUUUAAGACAAUACUAUCUGCUUUUGAAUAAAAAUGUCCGUCUAAUUGCGUGGUUUUGACAAAAUAACUUGUAUCUCUUUUUAUCACAGCGUAAACGCUUUCGAUAGAUAGAGACGGGAGAGUAGACAUUUACGAAUAAGUGUUUGUCGAAUUUGAGAUACGUACAGUUGUUUACGUAGUGAGAUUUACGAAAAUUUAAAAUUUCUUUAAGUUUAAUUGACGGAUUUAGUCUAAGACUAUGUCUGUUAAUGACGUUGAAGUUAAAUAUUACAUCUGUUGUAAGUUGGUAGUCGCUAAAUUUAUUUAUAAAAAAAUCCCUUUCUAUUGUAUUCAGUAUUACGCAUUUAUAAAUGCAGUUUUAUCUACAUAACAUUGUGAAAAAUAUUUCAAAUAAUGUGUCUUUUUUAAAUUGAUUUACCUUUGAUUUUUUGACAUUGCUCUAUUAUUACUUGACAUUAAAUAAUGUUAUUAUACUAUUAAUAGGUUAUUUUGUAUUCGCUUUAUGUGUGUAAUGACGUGCAUUUUUAUUAAUUUUUAAUAACAAAUGUUAAAAAAGCCAAAAAAAUUACGUUUAAAAUUAUUUAGUAAUAAGUUUUACAGUUAUGACUCCAUUCGUUCUACAUCGAGGCGUAUUUUUAUAUGAA